AGUACUAUAUAGUUUUCACUUUUUAUUAUAAUAUAUAUAUAUAUAUAUAUGGUACACUGUUUUGAAUCAUCCCAUAGAACCAAAAAAGAAAAAACAAACUAUUUUUCAGGUUCAAUUAUUUCUUGUAUGAAAGUUUAGCUGUACAUUUUGUACGUACAAGAGCACUGUAUAACACUUGGAGCUUGAAGGGAAAAAAUGUUGACACUAAAAAGAGUUGUACUUUCAUGGAUUCUUGUAGUGAACUACUACUUCACGUUGUUGAAUUUGGGUGAGUCAAGAGUGGCUCAAGAAGAAGUGGACAUUCUGGAACAAAUCGCCACUACAAUGGGAGCAACACACUGGAAGUUCAAUGGUGAAUUUUGCCAGAUUGAAGCAGUCAGGGUGACAACUGAUCAGCCAAGUUGGUCCGAAACUGAUGUUGCAUGUAACUGCACCAUAGGAAAUGAUACUGCCUGCCACAUAGUAGCUAUUACUCUUAAGGGUAUAAGUCUUCCUGGAGUUCUUCCACCUGAACUGGUAAAGCUUCCUUACAUUCAAAAAGUUGAUUUUGCAUACAAUUUUCUCAGUGGUAGUAUACCAACCGAAUGGGCGUCAACCAAGUUAAAUUUCAUCUCUGUUCUUGUGAACCGGUUGUCAGGGGAAAUACUGAAGGAACUGGGAAACAUUACCAGCCUUACCUAUAUAAACCUCGAAGGGAACCGAUUCUCAGGCAUUAUUCCUCAAGAACUAGGGAAAUUGAAAAACUUAAAGACGUUGAUAUUAUCCUCCAACCAACUGGAGGGAGUGCUGCCAAUAUCACUAUCUGGACUUGAAAAUUUAGCAGAUUUUAGGAUAAGUGAUAACAAUCUCAGUGGGCCAAUUCCAGAUUUUAUAGAGAAAUGGAAACAACUAACAAAAUUAGAGCUGCAUGCCACCGGUUUAGAGGGUCCCAUUCCAUCCAGCAUAUCUCAUCUAAAUAUGUUAACCGAUCUGAGGAUUAGCGACAUAAAAGGACCAAUGCAUGAAUUUCCUCCUCUAAUUAACAUGACAGGCCUAGAGAUACUGGUAUUGAGAAGCUGCAACCUUUUUGGAGUAAUUCCAGGAUAUAUUUGGAAACUGAAAACUAUACAGACAUUAACUUACUGCAGGGAUGUUAGUUUCAAUAAGCUCAUGGGAACGAUUCCAGAUGACAUAAGUGCAAGAAGUAUGCUUAAAUUUGUGUUUUUAUCUGGUAACAUGCUCAGCGGAAAUAUACCUGCCGCAAUCUUGAAGAACGGAAUAAAUGUUGAUCUUUCCUACAAUAACUUUACUUGGCAAAGCCCUGAACAACCAGCUUGUCGGCAAAACACGAAUUAUUACAUAAACCUGUACAAGAGCUCUGCAGCAGCGGGGACUCUUAAGAACGUUCUUCCAUGUGCAGAGGAUGUAACUUGUCCAAGAUAUGGGUGUUCCUUGCAUGUGAAUUGUGGAGGAAAUGAUGUGGCUAUUAAAGAAAAUAAUAGAUUGAUUGAUUAUGAUGGGGAUGCUCAGGUUGAAGGUGGUUCUGCAAGAAAUUUCCGCAGUGAUAAGUACUGGGGUUUUAGUAGCACUGGAGACUUCAUGGAUGAUGAUAAUGAUCAGAAUACACGUUUUAUUGAGACUAUACCAUCAACUGACCUGUCUGAACUCUAUAGUAGAGCAAGGGUUUCUCCACUUUCACUUACUUAUUUCCGUUAUUGCUUAGAGAAUGGGAGUUAUAAUGUUAGUCUGCACUUCGCUGAGAUAAUAUUUAAAGAUGACGGUACAUAUAACAGUCUCGGAAGGCGCGUCUUUGAUAUAUAUGUCCAGGAGAAACUAGUUUGGAAAGACUUUAAUAUUGAAGAAGAAGCUCGUGGAGUCCAAAUGCCUGUGAUCAGAUCCUUGAAUGCUACUGUAACAGAUAGUGUCUUGGAGAUCCGGUUUUAUUGGGCUGGCAAGGGCACUGCCCGCAUUCCUCUUAGGGGACAUUAUGGUUCACUCAUAUCAGCUAUCUCGGUUGACUCAACUUUCAAAUUCUGUUCAAACAAGGGCAGAAAGACCGGAAUAAUUUAUGUUAUUGUUGGAGCUUUAGCUGCAUGUAUCACGUUUUUCGUACUGAGCAUACUUUGGUGGAAAGGCUGUCUAUGCAGGAAAAGUAAAAGAAGAGAUCUCAAUGGUGUAGAGCUGCAGAUGGUUUGUUUUACUCUGAAACAAAUAAAAGCCGCCACUAAAAACUUUGAUGCUUCAAACAAGAUUGGCGAAGGUGGUUUUGGUCCUGUUUAUAAGGGUCAAUUACCUGAUGGCACAUUAGUUGCAGUGAAGCAGCUCUCCUCUCAAUCAAAGCAAGGCAACCGUGAAUUCUUGAAUGAGAUUAGCACGAUAUCGUGUUUGCAACACCCCAAUCUGGUUAAGCUUCAUGGGUGCUGUAUUGAAGCAGACCAAUUACUGCUUGUAUAUGAAUACUUAGAUAACAAUAGCCUUGCUAGCGUUCUGUUUGAGAACAGCCAAUUGAGACUGGAUUGGCCAACAAGGUUUAGGAUCUGUCUCGGGAUAGCAAGAGGUCUAGCUUUUCUACAUGAGGAAUCAAGCCCAAAAAUUGUACACCGGGACAUCAAAGCUACCAAUGUGCUUCUUGAUGGACAGCUAAAUCCCAAAAUAUCCGACUUUGGACUAGCUAGACUCACUGAAGAAGAGAAGACCCAUAUUAGUACUCGAGUUGCCGGAACAAUAGGAUACAUGGCACCAGAAUACGCGCUCUGGGGUUAUUUGACCGACAAGGCAGAUGUUUACAGCUUUGGAGUUGUACUUUUGGAAAUUGUCAGUGGAAAGAACAACAAUAACUACAUGCCGAGCAACAACUGCAUUUGUCUCUUAGAUUGGGCCUGUCACGUGCAACAAAGUGGGAGUAUAGAGGAGCUCAUAGAUCAGAGAUUGGGAUCUAAUAUUAAUAAACAAGAAGUGGAAAAAAUAGUAAAAGUGGCACUCUUGUGCACUAGUGCCACUCCCUCACUCAGGCCAAUCAUGUCCGAGGUAGUUGCUAUGCUUGAAGGUCGAAUCACUGUUCCAGAUGAAAUUCCAGAUGCCAGUACUUAUUCCAAUGAUCUGAGGUUUAAAGCCAUGAAAGAUUUUCAUCAAGAGAGGCAAAAUCAGAAGCUAAUUGAAAGCCAAAGUCAAAACACCAUGACUAUACAAACUGACAUGGGCUCUUCUUCUGCAUCUACAACUAAUAUGUUCGAUUCAGUUCACUUUCAAGAUCAAACGGGCACAUAAUAUCAUUUCGUUCAUGAUAAGCCUGUCUCGUUCCACCUUGUUGUGUUCUCGGGGGUGCAAGACCAACCCCAUGGAUAUUCAUACUUGUAAUUAAGCAAUUUGUCCAAAUUUUUUAUAGCAGGCUUGCUGUAAAAUGUACAUAUAUACAUGUACCAAUUUUGAGGCUUAAGGAUGUAACACCUUUUUCUUCUGCUGCUGCACUUCUUUUUCCUUUCUUAUAGAAGCAGUAGGAUUGAUCAGACAUAUCUGAUUUUUGAAACUUUAAGCACUUUCUGUUA